AUGAGCUCAUCCUCCCCCCGCGCCGCGCUGGCCGUGACUCCACCGCACAGCUAUGCGGCCCCGGCCCUGCCAGCACCCACCCGUGUCCCCCCCCCGGUCACCCGCGGCACCCGGGGCUUGGCCGAGACCUCCUUCCCCGAGGACACGGUGGCCGACCACGUCGGGGGGACGCGGGGACGCCGGUACUACGCGCACCUCUCCGAUGACGAGGACCUGGUGGCAUCCGGCGAUGGCAGCGGCGAGGACGGCAGCGGCGUCACCUGGCUGCCGGCGAGCGCUACCCUCGUACCCGGCAUCGGGCUGGCACCCACCGAUGGCAGCGGCGAGGACGGCAGCGGCGUCACCUGGCUGCCGGCGAGCGCUACCCUCGUACCCGGCAUCGGGCUGGCACCCACCGCGGCGGGCGCGUGCCAACCGGGCGAGGCCGCCUGCGCCGACGGGCGCUGCAUCUCCCGCGAUUACUUCUGCGACGGCGAGCCCGACUGCGCCGACGGCAGCGACGAGGAAGCUUGCGGCACCCCCUCGCCCUGCGAACCCAACGAAUUCAAGUGCCGCAACGGGCACUGCGCCCUCAAGCUUUGGCGUUGCGACGGCGAGAACGACUGCGGGGACGGGUCCGAUGAGGCCGGUUGCCCUACCAAAGCACCCGGCGCGGUGUGCGGGCCGGCGGAGUUUCGGUGCGUGGCGAGCGGGAGCUGCAUCCGUGCCAGCUACCAAUGCGACCGGGAGCCCGACUGUCCCGACCGCUCCGAUGAGGUCGGCUGCGUGCCGGCGGCGCCGCCCCCGCCGGCGCUCUCGGCCACCCAGCUCCACGUGGACGUGAGCGCCGAGGAAUUCCAGCUCCUGGAUCUGUCCCGCCGCUUCUUAGCCCUCGACGCCUUCUGGGCGCUGCCCGACACCUUCCUUGGGGACAAGGUGGAUGCCUACGGGGGAGCGCUGAGUUAUGGGGUGCGGUACCGGCUGGGGCGGGGACCCCCUGAGCCCACCGCCCACCCCGACGUGGUGCUGCGGGGCCACGGGCGGCAGCUGCAGGCCCGCGCCGGAGCCACCCGGCCCGAUGUCCUCAACCGGCGGCACGUGCCCUUCACCGAGGACCACUGGGAGGAUGAGGAGGGCGCCCCGGUGAGCCGGGAGCUGCUGCUGCUGGUGCUGCAGGGGCUGGAGAGCAUCUUCAUCCGGGCGGUCUACGACGGGCGCAUGGCCAGCGUGGGGCUCAGCGACGUGGCCAUGGACAUCACUAGCCCCAGUGACACCGGCCUGGGGCUGGCCGGGGACGUCGAGGAGUGCAGGUGCCCCGUGGGCUACGCGGGGCUGUCGUGCCAGCGAUGCGCCGCCCGCUUCGAGCGCGUGACGAGGGGACCCUACCUGGGGACCUGCUCUGGUUGCGGCUGCCACGGCCACUCCAGCACCUGCGACCCUGUUUUUGGGCACUGCCUGAACUGCCAGCACAACACGGAGGGUCCCCAAUGCGAGAAGUGCAAACCCGGCUUCUUCGGCGAUGCCACCAAGGGCACGGCCACCGCCUGCCACCCUUGUCCCCCCUACACCGCCGAGCCGACUCGCAGCGUGCGGGGGCGGCUCUGCAACGCCUGCGCCGCCGGCACCUUCCACCUGAGCGCGGCCAACCCCGAGGGCUGCCUGCAGUGCUUCUGCAUGGGCGUCUCGCGGCAGUGCGCCAGCUCCGCGUGGAACCGCCACCAGGUCCUUCUCACCGCCGAGGAGACGCCGCCGCUGAGCCUGGCCAACCUGGCCGGCACGCAGACGGUGGGCGACGGCGCCCGCUUCUCCUCCCCGCGGGAGCUGCUCUUCACCGCCUUCCAGGCGCUGCCCCGCGACGUCUACUACUGGGUGCUGCCCGCGCCCUUCACCGGGGACAAGGUGACAUCGUAUGGCGGUGAGCUGCGGUACACGGUUACGCACCGGGCACCGGUGGGCGCCCAACCUUUGCUGCGCCAGCCCGACGUCCUGCUGCAGGGCAACGGCAUCCUCCUGGAGCACUUCUCCGAUGCCAGCCCUGCCUCUGGCGUCCCCACCACUGUCACCGUGCCCUUCCGCGAGCGUGCCUGGCGCCGGGCGGACGGGCGCGAUGCCACCCGUGAGCAUCUCCUGAUGGCUUUGGCCGACAUCGACCUCUUCAUGAUCCGGGCGUCCUACUCGGAUCAACCGGAGGAGAGCACCCCCCCGCGUUUGGCCGAUGUCAGCGUGGACGUGGCGGUGCCACAUGCCACUGGCCGCCCGCCAGCGCUGGAGGUGGAGGAUUGCGCCUGCCCAGCUGGUUACCGCGGUGCCUCCUGCCAGGACUGUGACACCGGCUACACCCGCAGCACCUCCGGGCUCUACCUGGGCACCUGCGAGCCGUGCCAGUGCCACGGCCAUGCCAGCGAGUGCCACCCUGAGACCGGCGUCUGCCAGGGCUGCCGGGACCAUACAGAGGGUGCCCAAUGUGACAAGUGCCAAACCGGCUACUAUGGCGAUGCCACCCGCGGCACCCCAGGCGACUGCCAGCCCUGUCCCUGCCACGGACCCCACGGUGACACCCAGUAGAGCUGCUUCGAGGACACGGACGGGCAGCCCACCUGCAGCGCCUGCGCCCCGGGACACAGCGGGCGCCUCUGCGAGAGGUGCUCGCCCGGCUACGUGGGGGACCCGCUGCGGGGAGAGCCAUGCCGAGAGCCGGGCGUCCCCAGCGGGCAGUGCCAGUGCGACCCACGCGGCAGCGUCGGCGAGGGCUGCGACACCAACGGGCAGUGCCGCUGCAAGGCCAACGUGGAGGGUCCCCGCUGUGCCACCUGCCGUCCCCACCAUUUCCACCUGAGUGCCAGCGAGCCGGCCGGCUGCCUGCCCUGCUUCUGCAUGGGCAUUGUCCAGCACUGCGCCAGCACCGCCUACGCCCGCGGCACCGUCCGGACGCCCUUCGCUCCCAGUAAUCCCCAGGGAUUCGCCUUGGUGAACCGGCAACGCAGCACCCGGGUGGACACCGGCUUCAGGGUGGAGCCGGGCACCCCCCAACCCCGCUUGACCUACAGCCAUUUCGGGGAGCUGCCCCCUGACUCCUACUACUGGCAGCUGCCCCCACCCCAUCUCCCCGUGCAGGUGGGCUCCUACGGCGGGCGCCUCCGCUACACCCUGACCUACACGCCGGGGGGGCAGGGAGCCCCCCUGCCCGACGCCGACAUCCAGAUCACGGUAUGGGGGUGUCUGCCACCCCGAUGUGCUCACCCCGACGUGCUCACCCCGAAAUGCUCACCCCGCUAUACCCACCCCGACGUGCUCACCCUGAUGUUCUCCUGCUAUACCCACCCCGAUGUGCCCACCCCGAUGUGCUCACCCCGAUAUACCCACCCCAAUGCACUCACCCUUAUACCCACCCUAAUAUACCCACCCCGAUGUGCUCACCCCGACGUGCUCACCCCGAAAUGCUCACCCCGCUAUACCCACCCCGACGUGCUCACCCUGAUGUUCUCCUGCUAUACCCACCCCGAUGUGCCCACCCCGAUGUGCUCACCCCGAUAUACCCACCCCAAUGCACUCACCCUUAUACCCACCCUAAUAUACCCACCCCGAUGUGCUCACCCCGACGUGCUCACCCCGAAAUGCUCACCCCGCUAUACCCACCCCGACGUGCUCACCCUGAUGUUCUCCUGCUAUACCCACCCCGAUGUGCCCACCCCGAUGUGCUCACCCCGAUAUACCCACCCCAAUGCACUCACCCUUAUACCCACCCUAAUAUACCCACCCCGAUGUGCUCACCCCGACGUGCUCACCCCGAAAUGCUCACCCCGCUAUACCCACCCCGACGUGCUCACCCUGAUGUUCUCCUGCUAUACCCACCCCGAUGUGCCCACCCCGAUGUGCUCACCCCGAUAUACCCACCCCAAUGCACUCACCCUUAUACCCACCCUAAUAUACCCACCCCGAUGUGCUCACCCCGACGUGCUCACCCCGAAAUGCUCACCCCGCUAUACCCACCCCGACGUGCUCACCCUGAUGUUCUCCUGCUAUACCCACCCCGAUGUGCCCACCCCGAUGUGCUCACCCCGAUAUACCCACCCCAAUGCACUCACCCUUAUACCCACCCUAAUAUACCCACCCCGAUGUGCUCACCCCGACGUGCUCACCCCGAAAUGCUCACCCCGCUAUACCCACCCCGACGUGCUCACCCUGAUGUUCUCCUGCUAUACCCACCCCGAUGUGCCCACCCCGAUGUGCUCACCCCGAUAUACCCACCCCAAUGCACUCACCCUUAUACCCACCCUAAUAUACCCACCCCGAUGUGCUCACCCCGACGUGCUCACCCCGAAAUGCUCACCCCGCUAUACCCACCCCGACGUGCUCACCCUGAUGUUCUCCUGCUAUACCCACCCCGAUGUGCCCACCCCGAUGUGCUCACCCCGAUAUACCCACCCCAAUGCACUCACCCUUAUACCCACCCUAAUAUACCCACCCCGAUGUGCUCACCCCGACGUGCUCACCCCGAAAUGCUCACCCCGCUAUACCCACCCCGACGUGCUCACCCUGAUGUUCUCCUGCUAUACCCACCCCGAUGUGCCCACCCCGAUGUGCUCACCCCGAUAUACCCACCCCAAUGCACUCACCCUUAUACCCACCCUAAUAUACCCACCCCGAUGUGCUCACCCCGACGUGCUCACCCCGAAAUGCUCACCCCGCUAUACCCACCCCGACGUGCUCACCCUGAUGUUCUCCUGCUAUACCCACCCCGAUGUGCCCACCCCGAUGUGCUCACCCCGAUAUACCCACCCCAAUGCACUCACCCUUAUACCCACCCUAAUAUACCCACCCCGAUGUGCUCACCCCGACGUGCUCACCCCGAAAUGCUCACCCCGCUAUACCCACCCCGACGUGCUCACCCUGAUGUUCUCCUGCUAUACCCACCCCGAUGUGCCCACCCCGAUGUGCUCACCCCGAUAUACCCACCCCAAUGCACUCACCCUUAUACCCACCCUAAUAUACCCACCCCGAUGUGCUCACCCCGACGUGCUCACCCCGAAAUGCUCACCCCGCUAUACCCACCCCGACGUGCUCACCCUGAUGUUCUCCUGCUAUACCCACCCCGAUGUGCCCACCCCGAUCGUCCACCCGCCGCGCACCGCGGUGGCACAGGGCAGCGCCGUCACCCUGCGGUGCCAGGCCAGCGGCGACCCCCCCCUCUAUUACCACUGGGCGCGAGAAGAUGGGCGACCCCUCCCCGAGGGUGCCCAGAGCCGGCGACAAGGCGAGGAGCUGCACUUCGCCAGCAUCCAGCCCUCUGAAGCUGGCGACCACGUCUGCUCCUGCCGCAACCUACGGUACAGCAACGCCAGCCGCGCCGAGGUCAUCGUCACUGAGACCCCCGGCAAACCCAUCACCGUCACCGUGGAGGAGAAGCGGGUGCAGCGGGUGAAGCCCGGGGCCGACGUUACCUUCGUCUGCACCGCCAAGAGCAAGUCACCUGCCUACACCCUGGUGUGGACGCGGCAGAACCACGGCACGCUGCCGCCCGGCGCCGUGGACUUCAACGGCAUCCUCACCCUGCGCAGCGUGCGGCCCGAGGACGCCGGCGUCUACGUCUGCACCGGCUCCAACAUGCUGGACAUGGAUGAGGGCACCGCCACGCUCUACGUCCAGGCCCCCUCGAAGACUCAGAUGUUUUACGGCCCCGUUGAGUUCAUGGAGGGGCACAGGCCAGGCACGCUGCCGCCGCGGGCAGUGGUCCAGGGCGGGAUGCUGCGUUUCGGCGCCGUCGAGCCCGCCGACGAGGGGCACUACGUGUGCCGGGCGCGCAGCAGUGCCGGGCAGCACACGGCACGCGCCUUCCUCCACGUGCAAGCCGCCGGCGCACCCCGGGUGCAGGUGAGCCCGGAGCGGACAGAGGUGCAGGAGGGCUCCACGGCGCGGCUCUACUGCCGGGUCUCGGGGUCACCCACCGCCACCAUCACCUGGGAGAAGCAGGGGGGCACCCUGCCGCCGCAGUCCCGCACUGAGCACGCCGACAUCGCAACGCUGGUCAUCCCCGCCAUGACGGCGGCCGACGCCGGUGUCUACUUCUGCGUGGGCACCAGUGCCGCCGGCACGGCCCGCGCUGCCAUCGAGGUGGUGGUGGUGCCAGGGGCAGCACCGCCCGUCCGCAUCGAGUCCUCGUCCCCAUCCGUCGCCGAGGGACAGACCCUGGACCUCGACUGCCUGGUGGCAGGAUCCGGCCCCGCCACCGUGACGUGGUACAAGCGCGGCGGCUCCCUGCCUGCUGGCCACCAGGUUUCGGGGUCCCGCCUCCGUGUCCCCCACGUCACGGCGGCUGAUUCAGGGGAGUACGUGUGCCGAGUGAGCUUGGGGACCACCGUCCGGGAGGCGUCUGUCAUCGUCACCGUCGUGGCCGCAUCUGGCUCAUCCUACGGGCCACCGACUUCGGGUGUCCCCGUCCGGAUCGAGGCGUCCUCGUCCACCGUGGCGGAGGGACAGAGCCUGGACCUCAACUGCGCGGUGGCCGGGCAGGGACAGGCCACCGUCACCUGGUACAAGCGCGGGGGGGCCCUCCCGGCCAAGCACCAGGUGUCUGGCUCCCGGCUGCGGCUGCUGCAGGUGACAGCAGCCGACUCGGGCGAGUAUGUGUGCCGGGUGACCAGCGGGGCCACCACCAAAGAAACCGCUGUCAUGGUGACAAUCCAGCCCAGCGCAGCCAGCGCCUACCCCGCGGGCAGCGCAACCCCCCUGCGCAUCGAGUCCCCGUCCUCCGCCGUGGCCGAGGGCCAGACCUUGGACCUCAACUGCGUCAUUGCCAGCCCCGCGCAGGCCACCGUCACCUGGUACAAGCGCGGGGGGUCCCUCCCAGCCAAGCACCAGGUGUCCGGCUCCCGGCUGCGGCUGCUGCAGGUGACAGCGGCCGACUCGGGCGAGUACGUGUGCCGGGUGACCAGCGGGGCCACCACCAAGGAAAGCUCCAUCGUGGUGACAAUCCAGCCCAGCGCGGCCAGCACCUACCCCAUCGGUGUCACCCCCCCGGUGCGCAUCGAGUCCUCAUCCUCCUCCGUGGCCGAGGGACAGACCCUGGACCUCAACUGCAUUGUGGCCGGGCAGGGACAGGCCACCGUCACCUGGUACAAGCGCGGGGGCUCCCUCCCGGCCAAGCACCAGGUGUCAGGCACCCGCCUGCGCAUCCCCCAGGUGACAGCGGCCGAUUCGGGGGAGUACGUGUGCCGGGUGACAUCGGGUGGUGUCACACAUGAGACGUCCCUCAUCGUCACCAUCCAGACUGGCGCCGGCUCCUCUUACGCCGUUGGCGUCACACCGCCGGUGAGGAUCGAGACCUCGUCCGCCACCGUCACCGAGGGACAGACCCUGGACCUCAACUGCAUGGUGGCAGGACAGGGUCACCCCCAUGUCAUCUGGUACCGGCGCGGGGGGGCUCUGCCCCCCAACAGCCAGGUGUUGGGUACCCGCCUGCGCCUUGUCCAGGUGACAGUAGCCGAUUCAGGGGAGUACGUGUGCCGGGUGACCCUGGGGACUGUCACGCAGGAGGCAUCUGUCAUCGUCACCGUGCCUGGCGGCGCCGGCACUUAUUACCCCUCCGGCGUCUCCCAGCCCCUGCGCAUCGAGUCCUCGUCCUCAGCCAUCGCCGAGGGACAGACCCUGGACCUCAACUGCCUGGUGGCAGGAUCCGGCCCCGCCACCGUGACGUGGUACAAGCGUGGUGGCUCCCUGCCCACUGGCCACCAGGUGUCGGGCACCCGCCUGCGCAUCCCCCAGGUGACAGCGGCCGAUUCAGGGGAGUACGUGUGCCGGGUGACAUCGGGGGGCGUCACACAGGAGACAUCCCUCGUCGUCACCAUCGAUGACGGAGCCAACCCAUCCCACCCCACCAGCGUCAUGCCGCCCAUCCGCAUCGAGUCCUCGGCGUCCUCUGUCACCGAGGGACAGACCCUGGACCUCGACUGCGUGGUGGCUGGCCAGGGACAGGCCACCAUCACCUGGUACAAGCGUGGGGGGUCCCUCCCGGCCAAGCACCAGGUUUCGGGGUCCCGCCUGCGGCUGUCACAGCUCUCAGUGGCCGAUUCAGGGGAGUACGUGUGCCGGGCGGACACAGGCAGCGUCUCCCGCGAGGCCACCAUCACCGUCACUGUCACCUCCCGUGACAGCUCCAGCUAUCGUCUGCAGAGCCCCAUCAUCUCCAUCGACCCACACAGCAUGGCGGUGGCACCGGGUGAGGAUGCCACCUUCAAGUGCCGCAUCCAUGAUGGCGCCCGGCCCAUCAACAUCACUUGGCGGAUGGGACCUGGCCAACAUCUCCAAGACAAUGUGAAGAUCAGCACCAACGGCUCGGUCAUCUCCAUCACCGGUGCCCAUGUGGGCAACCAGGGCGCCUACCACUGCGUGGCCUCCAACCGCUUUGGCGUCGCCAGCAGCGUCGUCAACCUCCUGGUGCAAGGUGCCCCCACGGUGUCGGUGAUGCCACCGGGCCCUGUGACGGUGAAGGAAGGCAAAUCCCUCAGCCUGGAGUGCCUUGGCCGGGGUGAACCGCGGCCGCUGGUGCGCUGGAGCCGGCUGGGCUCCCGGCAGAAGGUGGAGCACCAAACGCUGCUGCACAUGGACAGCCAGGCCAUCCUGCAGCUCUCACCGGCCAAGCCGGAGCACGCCGGGACCUACGUCUGCACGGCACACAGCGCCUUGGGUUCGGCGCAAGCCCGGGUGGACGUCAAUGUGGAGUCGGCACAACGGCACCCCGGUGCCCCCGAGGUCACCGCGCCGCCCGCCAUCACCGUGGUGGCCGGGGACACUGCCACGCUGCACUGCACGGCCAGAGGUGAGCCGGCGCCCCGGAUCGAGUGGUCGAAGCUGCGGGCGCCCCUGCCCUGGCAGCACCAGGUGGUGAACGGCAGCUUGGUCAUCCCCCGCGCCGCGCAGCAGGACUCAGGCCAGUACAUCUGCAACGCCAGCAACACCGCCGGCUCCGCCGAGGUCUUCAUCACCCUCGAUGUGGAGACGCCACCAUACGCCACCAGCCUGCCGGAGGAGACCACGGUGCGCGCCGGUGAUGCGCUGCAAGUGCAGUGCCUGGCCCACGGCACCCCGCCACUGCUCUACGCCUGGGACAAGGUCAACGGCAGCCUCUCGGCACGCGUCAUCCACCGCGCUGGCCUCCUCCGCAUCAGCCCGGCAUUGCCCGCUGACGCCGGCACCUACCGCUGCCUCGUCACCAACCGCGUCGGCACCGCCGAGACCUUCGCCCACGUGGCCGUCCAUGGUGAUGCCGGUGAUGGUGGGGACCCUGCUGGUGGUCCCUUGACCGUACGGGUGACGCCGGGGAGCCUCGUCAAGGGGGUGGGCAGCACCGCCGAAUUCGCCUGCACCGUCUCGGGGGACCCCCGGGCACGUCUGGAGUGGCUGAAGGAUGGUGGGGAGCUGCCCCCCACCCACAGCGUGCGGGACGGGGUGCUGCGGAUACCAGAGCUGGCGUGGGGGGCACAGGGGGUGUACGUGUGCCGGGCCAGCGCCCCGGGCGGGCAGGCGGAGGACAGAGCCACCCUCGCCGUCCAGGCUCUCCCCAGGGCCCUGAUCAACAUCCGGACGGCGGUGCAGACGGUGCUGGCGGGCACGGCGGUGGAGCUGGAGUGCCUGGGCUUGGGUGAACCCCGUCCCCAUGUCACCUGGAGUAAAGUGGGGGGCCGUAUCCGACCCGGGGUGCUGGUCCGCGCCGGCACCCUCACCAUCGAACGGGUAGAACGGGCAGACGCCGGGCAGUACCGCUGCACUGCCGCCAACGCCGUGGGCACCGUCCAGUCCCACGUCAUCCUCCAUGUGCAAGCCGCUCCCCAAAUCGCCGGGCAGCCGGAGGUGAAGGAGGUCUCGGUGGGUUCGGCGGCUGUUUUGCCCUGCUUGGCAUCUGGCUUCCCGGUGCCGGAGAUCACCUGGAGCAAGGUGAGACGGAGGGAUGCAGGGAUGGGGGUGCAGGGGCUCCUCCUCUACAACGGGCAGCGGAAAACCAGCGGCGCCGACUUCAUCUCCUUCGGUUUGGUGGGCGGCCGCCCCGAAUUUAGGUUUGACGCCGGUUCGGGCAUGGCCACCAUCCGGCACCCGACGCCGCUGCGGUUGGGCGAGUACCACACCGUCCGUCUCCUCCGCAACCUCACCCGGGGUUCGCUGACGCUGGACGGGCACCCCCCGGUUAACGGCACCUCCCAGGGGAAGUUUCAAGGGCUGGAUCUGAACGAGGAGCUGUACCUGGGGGGGUACCCCGAUUUCGGUGCCGUGGCUAAGACGGGGCUCAGCCGUGGUUUCGUGGGCUGUGUGCGCCAGCUCCGCAUCCAAGGGGAGGAGGUGGCCUUUGGGGACAUGGACCUGCAGGCGCACGGUGUCACCAGUUGUCCCACCUGCCAGGACCGGCCGUGCCAGAACGGUGGCGUGUGCCAGGACGCCGAGAGCGGCACCUACGUCUGCCGCUGUCCCCACGGCUUCACCGGCAGCAACUGCGAGUACUCGCAGGCUUUGCAUUGUCACCCAGAGGCGUGCGGGGCUGAUGCCACCUGCGUCAACCGGCCGGACGGGCAGGGCUAUACCUGCCGCUGUCACCUGGGCAAGGCUGGGGAGAGGUGCACCGAGGGCGAGGCGGUGAGCGUGCCGUCCUUCGGCGAGGCGGGCGCCUUCGUCUCCUACCCGCCCCUCACCAACAUCCACCACGAGCUGCGGGUGGAGGCCGAGUUCCUGCCGCUGGCACCCGACGGGCUCCUGGUCUUCAGCGCUGGCAAAGCCGCUCCCGUCGAGGACUUCGUCGCCUUGGCCAUGGCUGGCGGCCACCUCGAGUUCAGCUACGAGCUGGGCUCAGGCCCGGCAGUGCUCCGGAGCACCGAGCCGGUGACACUCGGCCGCUGGCACCGGGUGACGGCCGAGCGGGUGAACAAGGACGGGACGCUGGUGGUGGAUGACGCCGCUCCGGUGAAACGCUCCUCACCCGGCAAGAGCCAAGGCCUCAACCUCCGCACCCCCCUUUAUUUGGGGGGCACCGAACCCCCCCUGCGCCCCCCAACCAACGCCUCCUUCCGGGGCUGCAUCGGAGAGGUCUCCAUCAACGGGAAGAAGGUGGAUUUGUCCUACAGCUUCCUGCAGAGCCGGGGCGUGGGGCAGUGCAGGCAGAGCUCGCCCUGCCUGCAGGCUGCCUGCCUGCACGGGGGCCGCUGCCUGCCCCUGCCUGCCGGCACCCCGGCCUACCGCUGCCUCUGCCCGCCCGGCUUCAGCGGGCCGCGCUGCGAGCGGGAGGAGGACCGCUGCCUGCACCGCAACCCCUGCCUGCACGGCGGCACCUGCAAGGGCAACGCCCGCCUCUGCCCGCCGGGCUACGCUGGCCCCUACUGCCAGCACAGCUUGGCGCUGGCGGAGCUGGAGCAGGACUGGCAGGAAGGCAGCGGGGGCGGCGAUGCCCCCGGACAGUUCAGCGCCGCUUUCCGUGACGGCUCCUACCUGGCCCUGCCCGGUCACCUCUUUCCCCGUGGCCCACCCGAGGCGCCCGAGACCAUCGAGCUGGAGCUGCGGACGGGCAGCGCCGACGGGCUGCUGCUGUGGCACGGGGCGCCCGGCGAGGGGGGCAAAGCCAAAGACUUCAUUGGCCUCGGCUUGAAGGAGGAGGGCCGGCGCGGGCGGCUGCAGGUGGACGGGGAGGAGCCGGUGAGCGGGGAGUCGCCAGGAGCCAACGUCAUGGCCAACACCCAGGGCAGCGUCUACGUGGAUGUAGGGGACCCACCCAGGGUUGUGGGAGGCCUCUCUCCCUGCCUGCCUCCCCAGAUGUAA